CCCACGCCCCCCUUUCACCUGCAGGCGGGCGGCAGGCAUUUCCUGGCCAUUGUUUGCAGGGGCUGCCACGGUGCUCCGUGCUAUUUCCGUCCACCAGCCAAGCGGGGCUGGAGCUGGCCGGGCUCUUCCAGGCCCGCUUCUGUGUGCUGCUCUCCCAGGCCAGCAUCGCAGCCCAAGGAGAGGCAGCGGCAGGUCUCACCAAACCGCCUUCCACCCUAUCAGCAAUGGGAAGACGCAGGAAAGAAGAUUCUCUGGUGUAAAAGUAAACAUGGCAGUGCCACGUCUGUGCACACGUGUGCUUUCACGUAGGGCUCUGUCCGUGUUCAUUCUUCUUGGCCGGUACUGUUGUCUCAGGACAGUUUGUUUGGGGAAGUUGCCACUGUUAAACUAAGGUGCCCUGGCAGGAUUCGGACGCGGGCACCCUGGGCUCAGAGGUGCAAACCGUCUCCCCAAGAUACGUUGCGGAGAGGUUUGAUUCUCACAGGUUUCGUGUGGGAAGAAACUUGAGAUCGUGUAGCGCGUUGGGUGUGUAGGCUUGGUCAGCGCUUCUCAUUAAAGACUGAAGAUCUAUUUUCAGCGGCUGGGUACCCACCCAGAUUGCUUCUGCUGAAGUGCAUCCUGGCCCCGGGGUGAUUACAGAUCUCGCUCUGCCCUCUUGGAGCAGGAGGUGUGUCUCCAGGAUGAAAGCAGGGAAGUACAGUAAGAUUAAGCUGGGACUGUCUCUUUUUAGCGGCACGGAGUAGUAAUUGCAGCUCCCGAGUCUCUCUUUGUUUUGUCCUCUCUCCGGUGUGUGUUGUCCUCCGAUGUCUGGGGUGUGGGCGCUGGGGACACUGUCAGUCAUUUCAUGGCUUAAAUCGCUAGUCCGACUCUCCCGCCAGGGGCGGCCGUCCGAGGGUGGGGGCCCCAGCGUCGGCGCCCGCCCUGGCUCAGCGGAAUCAAAGAGCAGACGCAGCCUCAGCGGUCCUCGAGGGGCCGACUCGCCCAAGCCCGGGCUUGAGUGAGCUGCAGGGGCCCCCCCGUUCCCUUCCUCUGCGGGCGCCGCGCCCGGGGCCCGGCCUGGUCGGGGUGGAGGGCGGGCGAGGCGCGGGGCCCCAGCGGGAGUCGGUGACGGCUCACAGAUACUCUCCUUCCUUGUCCCGCAGAGUGCGUCCUGCCACCACGACGGCCCCGGCGGCGGGGCUGGGACGCGGCCCGAGCGCUAUGUACAGCGUAGAAGACCUCCUGAUCUCCCACGGCUACAAGCUGUCCAGAGAGCCGCCGGCGCCGCGCCAGGAUGACGGCGACGGGCGCCAGCCCGUGAGGCCCCGGGCGCCGGCGGGCCCCGGCCUGCUGAACGGGUGCGACGAUGGCCCUGCCGCCUGCCCGCGCGGCCAGGCCUCGCUGGGGACCGGCCGCCUGAGCGGGCCCGGCGGCCGCGGGCCUCGGGGCCUCGGGGAGCCCCCGAGCGCCGCCGCCGCUGCGUGGAUUUCCGAGGCUGGGCUCCGCCAGCAGCCCCCGGCCGGCCGCGGCCAUACCUACCGGAGGAGAGAGCAGGAGGCCCGCGAGGAGGCGGCCCGGGCCCCCAGCCCGCCCGCGCACGCCGCCCAGGGGCCCCGGCAGGCCGGAGGAAGGAGCGAGGACGUGAUGAAGAAGGCACUCUGCGAGGAAGGGCUGGGACUGGCGGCUCCCGCCAGGUGGCAGAGCGUCCGCGUCGGAGGCCAGGCCCCGCCACGGAGCCCGGGGGCGCAGAUGCCGGCUGGCGUCGCGGAGAAGUUGUUCCAAGACCUGCACCCGUGUGUGCUCGGAGGCCUCGGCUUGGCCUCCCAGAGCACAGGGAAGUCCCAGUCGCUGCCGAGAGUUCUUUCCCCCGAGAACCUGAGCUGCGUGGAGAUUCCCAUCCCGUUGAGCGACGGGCACUUUCCGGGUGUCCCUCAAGUGCCAUUUCAGCCUCCAAACGGCGCUCGCGAUUCGGAAUGCCCCAGGAACCCCGAGAAGGGCGGCUCCUCGGCCCCCUUGCCCCGGCCUCGGUUUGGGAGGCCCCUCAAGCCUCCAUCUUACGGCUCCCACCAGCACUGCAGGGCCGGCGCGGAAAACGGCAGCCACGCGGACAGCCGGCAGCCGGACUCGGCCAAGGCGAACGACGCCGCCAGGCAGGAGCCGUGCGCGCCGGACCCCGGCCUGGAGCCCCCGGUGUACGUGCCUCCGCCCUCCUACAGGUCGCCCGCCGCACCCGCCUGCCCGGGGGAGGCCCCAGGGCGGAGGCCCGAGGGCGGAGGCCGCCGCGCGCAGCCGCCCCCGCUGCUGGAGAAGGCUGCCGCCGCCGGCCAGCCCCCUUCGGGCCCCCGGGGAGCCGGGGAGGAGCGCGGGCCCGGCCCGUGCUCUCCUGUCGGGGUCCUCCCGCAGCCCCGCCCCGCCACGGCCGGCGACGGCUCCGUCCUGUACAUCCCCUUCGACGACCCACGGAUUCGACACAUUAGACUCGCCCGGCCCCACGGCUUCUGGGAAGACGUGAAGCUGGACGGCCCUGUCCCCGCCCCGGAGCCGGCGCCUGGAGGCCUGCAGCGGGAGGCUGCCGUUCGGGGCCCCUCGGGGAGCGAGAGCCGCCCGCCCGCGGCCGACCCCAGCGCCCCUUGGCUGUGGGACCGGCUCCCCGGGGGCGGAGAAGACGGUGGCCUGGCUGACCACAGAGACGACUGCGUCGCCACUUGGAGUCAGCGGCCGGACGGGCGCGCAGAAAGCCUCGUCUCCUCCCCGAGCCCCCAGGGCGAGAGUACCUGCGAGACACAAACCCAGCUCAGAAAGUUCGAAGCUGGGCUGCAGACCAAGAAAAGUUCAAAGAAAAAACUGAGCGAGACGAUAUUUUGUUUGGUUUCCAUCCCAGUUAAGUCAGAAUCACAUCUGCCAGCUACAGAUACGAACAACAAUGGCUUGAAACAGAGCGCGGAUAGAAGGCCUGGGCCCGAGAAGAGCGCGGCUCUGCGAGAGCAGAGUCUGCUGAGUGUGUCCUCCACCGACCUGGAGCUGCAGGCGCUCACGGGCGGCAUGACCGGGAGGACGGAGCUCCAGAAACCAGAGCCGGGGGGCCCCGGAGGGGACCAGCCAGCAGACGACCCCGGGUUCCCACACCCUGCGAAGCACCGAGCGCGCGCGUGUCCUGGCUCGUGGCCCGGGCAGCAGUACAGAGACCAGCAAACGCAGACCAGCUUCAGCCAGGAAUCCCACAGCCCGCGGCCCCUCCCUGGGGAGAUGCGGGGAGGGUCCCCCGACGCCGCGCUGCCUGCAAGAUGUUUGGACGCCUUCGAGGUUCAGAUGCACGUGGCGUUGGCGUCCAGUGACCAGAACCAGAGGCCCGGGGCUCCUUCCCCCAAAGGCCAAGGGGGGCCCCUCAGCCCGUGCGGUGGCAGCGCCUUCUCAGGGCCUUCCUCGCCCAGCAGCCAGGCCCCCGCACCAAGGGCCGGCCCGGGUGAGCCACGCGUGGACGGCCGUGUCCGCGGAGGCAGCCCGCUGCCCAGGGCCGAGGUCGUCAAGGGGGCGACCACGGGCCCCUGCAACAGCAGGCAGCCGUUCGGGCAGUUCCUCCUGAAGCCCGUCAGCCGCCGCCCGUGGGACUUGAUCAGCCAGUUGGAAAGUUUCAACAAGGAGCUUCAGGAGGAGGAAGGGGGCGGCGGCGGCGGCGGCGGCGGCGGCGGCGAGGACAGCGAGGCAGAGCCGCCCUGGGGAGGCCGCUCCCUGGCCGCGGCCGAGCGCCCCGGCCUCCCGGAGGGCAGGGCGCCCGAGGACCCGGGGCCCAGGCCAGGGAGCAACAGGAGCAAGCCCGAGAGCUGGGGCGAGGGGGCGAGGCCUCGGCCCCCCGGGCGCUGCGUGGCGGAGGAGCGGGGCCGGGGGGUCGAGGCCGGGGGGCCCGAGCCGGCCGUCAGCCCGAGGCCCGUGAGACGAGCAGUGUCGUCCGGGCCGAGCGAUGCCGGGGCAGGGCCCCCGCCCGACGCAGCGGGACCGAGCGCGCCCCCGCCGAGUCGGGAGCUCCGCGGCGGGCUCAGGGCUGCGGAGCUGAGCGCGGCCGGCGCGCCCGAGGCGGGCGGUGGGGAGCAGGGGACCUCGGGGGCCCCCCUCUCUCUGGCUGGCAAACCCCGAGGCCUGUCGGCGCCAGACUUGAGGUCUGUGGGGCUAACGCCGGGGCAGGGGCAGAGCGCCGGCCAGCUAGCGGGGUCUCCGGGGGAAGCCAGUGCAGUAGAAAUCCCCCCAAACGAGUCCCUGCAGGCCAGGGCUGCCAGGAUCCUGGGCAUUGAGGUGGCCGUGGAGUCCCUGCUGCCAGGCGCCCGAAGGACGGGGCAGAGCCAAGACCCCGAGCCUGAUGGAGGUGCCCGCAGGCCUGAGGCCCCCAGGCAGGAGGCGGCGGCCAGCCCAGCCCAGCGGUGUGACCCCGCCGCGUCCGCCGACGCCUUCUGCAGCAGGAGGAGGUGUGGCUGGACCGAAAGCCCUCUGUUUGUGGGAGAAGCGGGCAGCGCCCGGCAGGCUCCCCGGGCCUCCGAGCCCGCGGGCGUGGACGGGGCCGCCCCCGGCAAGGCCCCUGAGCCUCAGCCCAGCCCCCAGGAGUGCCAGCCCUUCCAUCCCAAGGACGUGGGGACAAAGCCACCCUUCAGGUCCGCCUUGUUCCAUGUUAUAGAAAGGACCCCAAAUUUGGCAGCCUCAGAAAAGAGGCUCCGAAGCACGUCCAGAGUGAUUGAAAGUUUACAGGAG